AUGCCAGAGAUUUUCAGCUCUUCCACAAGAGCGACACCUUUACCUAACGAGAGAAAAAAAAUUCAUUUAUUAAAUGAUGAAUUUAAGUCAAGUCUCGUUGAAAAAUCAGAUACCGUCAUUACCUACGAGUCCCGUAUAAGCUACGAAACUGCGAUUCUUUAUCCAGCGCCGUCUGCAGAGAAUAUAUUUUUUCCUAAUGAAAAAAAUUCAAUUGGACACUGCGCUCUUUUCAUUACUCAAAGCCUCCAAAAUACCGGGACUAAGAUUGGCGGUCGCGUUUACGUCAAUGAUGAAAUCAGCAAUCCAGGACUUUUCUCCCGAAAUUUUUUGGCGAGUAAUCACAUUCAAGAUCUUGCUGACGAAGUGAUUCAUAAAAUACAACGACGUGGCGUUCUCGACAGUCACCUCCUAGACUUUGCGUACGCAAGUCCUUUUUUCGGAUCGUAUUACAGUCAUAAAGAGACGCAGUCUCUCGAAGAGUCACUCAAAAAUGUAAUCGAAGAAUUAAAGGAGAAUGAACUGAAACUGGAAUCAAAUAUUGGAACAAUCAACGCAAGAAUAUUUGACUCGAUUUCAAAUGUUACAAAGACGAUUCGUGCCCCUUUUGACCAGGAAACCGUUUCCUGGAUACUUGAUACGCAAAUGAGUCGUUAUAAAAAACUCACGACAGUGGCUCAUUGUUUUUUGCAGCGGACAAAUUUGUGCAGUGGAUUAGACUUUCACACCGAGCAAAUCUUUGUGGGGUUAUGCAAAGGAUCCCAAACGUCUUUCCCCAAAGAUGGUGAUAAAGAAACAACAAGAAUCUGUGAAGAAAUAGUACGAAAUGGACUUUUUGAAGUCCAUCAUGCGAAUGUGCUCCCUUAUAGUAAUGAAAAAACGCUUCUUGGUCUAAAGAUAAAUUUGAAAGUAUCUUUUCCGAUCGGACUUACCCGGUUUCAUCGCGUUGAAGUGCAAUCUCGAGGCCGAAUCGCCGGAAAAAAAUUCGAAAAACCAGAUUUUGCGGGCUCCGUCAUAAUUAAAAAUCAUAUUGAUGGAAAAUUUAACACUUUCAAAAGAGAGAGGUAUGUUUUGUGA